UCGUGUACUGUUUACCUGGUUGAUUAUUUUAACAAAAAUGUCUGCAAGUGAGCCAGACAUAAGCGAAUCUUCCAAUUUGGAAUCACCAUCUCCUCACUCGGAUUCUCCUUAUAGUUCUCCGUCACAACAGGUGCCACAGUUGGCAAACUUCUUGACGGUUCUAUCGUGUGGGGAUAAUAAGUUCAAUUAUGAUACCGGAAAUAAACCAUUUCUUCGUAUCAUUGAGCAGCCACAGAACCAUUUUAGAUUUCGGUACAAAAGUGAAAUGGUAGGAACACAUGGUAGUCUACUGGGAAAAUCAUAUGCUCUCAAUAAAACUAAAACGCAUCCAACAGUUGAGCUGGUCAACUACAAUGGACAAGCAAGAGUGAGGUGUCGGUUAGCACAGCAUAACAAUUCCGACGAACAUCCCCACAAGCUGCUAGAAGACGACCAAGAUAGAGAUGUGAGUGCGACAGUCCCCGAACAUGGCAGUUAUAAAGUGGGAUUUCCUGGUAUGGGUAUAAUACAUACGGCGAAAAAGGAUGUAGCAAAUUUAUUGUAUAAAAAAUAUGAAAGUAAAGGAAAAAAUACACAAGACGAAAGUUCAUCAAAUAUGCUCCGACUGCAUUGUGAAAAUAUAGCGAAAAAUAUCAACCUGAAUAUAGUAAGGCUGAAAUUUAGCGCUCACGAUUACAACACAGACGAAGAGAUUUGCAGUCCUGUAUAUUCUGAACCUAUACAUAAUAUGAAGAGCGCGGCGACGAAUGAUUUGAAGAUUAGCCGCAUGAGCAGAUGUAUCGGUCGUCCUAAAGGAGGGGACGAUGUUAUCUUAUUGGUGGAGAAAGUUAAUAAAAAGAAUAUAAAGAUUCGUUUCUACGAAUUAGAUAAGAAUGGGACAGAAUGUUGGUCAGCGGAGGGACAUUUUCUGCAAAAUGAUGUGCACCAUCAAUAUGCUAUAGUAUUCAGGACACCACCUUAUAGGGACACUAAUAUAACUUCAGAAAAACAAGUUAUGAUAGAAUUAAUGAGACCGUCCGACGGUCGUACAAGUGAACCUAAAGAAUUCACGUACAAACCAAAGUACGUUCACACAAAUGCAAAGAAACGAAAACCCAAUUCAUCUUACUCGUCUAUAGGGAGUUCGGGUGGUUCAAUAAACAGCCUAAGUGAUCUGCCUGUGCCCAUACAAAUGAUGCAUCAAAAAAAUGAAGUUAUAUCUCACGAUGCAGUUAUGAAAGAUCUGCCUAUGUUUAAUAUACCGGUAUCUCAAAUAUCAGCUGCGCCUAUGACCAAUGAUAUGUUACUGGGAGAGGCCAUGUUUGAUUUGUCUUCUAUGACACCUAACUCCGGUGUGAGUCAGCAGUUCAAUGUUAGCCCAAUGCUGGGACAACCCAAUAUACCAGAACCACCAGUGCUGCAGUUGAAUUCCUCAGAAAUUGAACGAUUGAUUAAACAUAAUUCAAAUAUAACUGCAGAAGAGAAGAAACAAUUCUGCGAAGCUGAUUGGACAGAUUAUUUCAAAUCGUACGGCGACAGCGUACCAGAUAUGAUGUCCGGCAUGGAGUUCAUAAGAUUGGUGCCUGAUUCUGCCAGGGUAAAUAUGAAGACAAGUAGGCCUGCAUCACCAAAGCCUAUGAAGACCGAAGAAAAUGACGUCAAAUAUAACCUCGAAAACUUAAAGAACAACGAGUAUUCCGCUUACUACAAAUCUGAGGACGGCCUUGAAGUUAAAAAACUUGUAAUGGAAUUAUGUGACAUGAUAAAGAACAAGACGGCACAUAAAAAGCAAUUGGUCAGAACUAAACUCGAGCGAUUGUUCGAAAUGCGACUCUCUAACGGGGACAUGUUCUUACAUAUGAUGCUAUCUAGCAACCAGCCAAGCUUGGAGUACAUUGUUAAGUUGAUAGACAGCGUGAAGUUGACACACUUGCUGAACAAGACCAACAACAACGGUCAGUCCGUGCUGCAUUUGGCGGUCACACACGACCUGCCCAAACUCGUCACCUUCCUCGUCUCUAAAGGUUGUAAUCCUAUGAUCGAAGACAACGAAGGCAACAAUGUGAUACAUUACGCUGUGAUCUGCCAGACUUGUCUGGAGCCUUUGCUCGACGCUAUGAAGAUGAAUCAAAUCAGUUUUGACAUCAACGCCUAUAAUAAUGAGAAGCAGACAGCUUUACACUUGGCCGCUAUCUAUGGGUCCGCGGAUAGCACGCGUGUAUUACUCGGACACGGCGCGUCGAUGCACGCGCGAGACAGCGAGGCUCGCACCGCGCUGCAUCUCGCCGCUUACGACGACUGUCUCUCCGUACUGCAAGUGCUGCUGGAGUACGCACAGCCUAGCGACAUAGACGCGGUGGAUGGUCGGGGCAACACCGCAUUACAGAUUGUGUGCGGCGGCGCCAUGAGGGAGAACUCUAUUGAAAUCGUCAAACUGCUUAUGGAUAAGAAUGCAAAUCCUAAUAAGAACGAAGAUAACAAUCAGCCUGCUUGGCGGAUGGCGCGAGAUAAGCCGGAGCUGCAGCAGGUGUUUAAGAAUUACAUCCCGCAGAUGAUGGUUUGCGAAGACGACAUCAAAUCAGAGCCAGAAGAUGAAUAUGAAUCUGCUGAUGAAGGGGAGACAAUGGAAAGUUGCCUGCCGGAGUUGAGCCUGUAUGUGGAGGAAGUGUCGAAGCUGCUGGACGCGAGCGGCGGCUGGCGCGAGCUGGCGCAGCGCCUGCAGCGUGACUCUCUGCUCUCCUGGUACUCCGCCUCGCCCAGCCCCACCAGGAAACUGCUCACCUAUCUCAAGGAUUGUGAUGAUGAUAUAACAUCGAAGUCUUUGGCACUUCUUCUAGAAGACAUGGGCCAGAAGGAGGCUGCGAGUGUCAUCAGACGGUACCUCAUCAGCUGAUACAAAUGGCACCAUUUUGACACCAUUUUAGUAACAGUUGCAAAUCGUAAUGCAAGUCAUUUCUUUAAUUCGAUAUGGUACAUAUUUACAUUUUUUUGCUGAUAUAAAUGUGACGAUAAAUCUAUUACUUGUUAUUAGGUUUUUUCCUUAUUUUUAACAGAUGUAUGAUUUUUUUAAAUAAAUAAGACUAAUAGAAUAAGAUAUAGUGGAUGAUAUGAUAUAUGUAUUUCGUAAAUUAACUUGAUUUGUAUUUUUAUAA